AUGUGUUGCAACUACUACAGAAACUCAUGUGGUAGCUGUGGCUAUGGCUGUGGCUAUGGUUCUGGCUAUGGCUGCAGAUACGGCUCUGGAUAUGGCUGUGGAUAUGGCUCUGGAUACGGCUCCGGCUAUGGCUGUGGAUAUGGCUGUGGAUAUGGCUCCGGCUAUGGCUGUGGCUAUGGCUGUGGAUAUGGCUCCGGCUAUGGCUGUGGCUAUGGCUCUGGCUAUGGCUGUGGAUAUGGCUCUGGAUACGGCUCCAGUUAUGGCUGUGGAUAUGGCUGUGGAUACGGCUCUGGCUCUGGCUGCUGUGGUUACCAGCCAUUUUGCUAUAGAAGAUGUUAUUCUUGCUGCUAG